UUGCCUGUUGCCUGGCAUUGUGUGAUAGGCUUUACGCGCAUGCACGCACGUCUGCUGGCUGUCUAGUUUCCGCCGACGUUCUAUGGUGAAAAGCAGAACUUGGCGGCAUUUCGCGGGAGUAUCAAACGUUGCCGUCACGUUUCACGUUUCGCGAACAAUCAUUGGAAUCCCAUGUCAUUUUCUAUAAAAUUCCUUUUGCAGUUAAUACGCCGACGAUCACUGGACCACCGGGGUGACUAUGUCGCGAAUAUCCGAGAGAAUCUCCAGCAUUCUGAAGCUAGCUGAGAGUUCGAAGCUGACUGACAAGAGGAGAUGCGUGACCGAGCUGUUGGAUUUGUAUCAAAAUGACGACGCUGUCGGGGAGAUAUGCCAGAAUACGGAGAGGAAGGCUUUGGGGAAGGCCAACUGGUCCAGCAUUAUAUUCACCGCCCACCAGCUGGUUCUCGAUGAAGCGGAGAGGCCCAGCAAAGAGACGGCUGCCAAGAACAACGAGAGACAAGCCCUCAGUAGUCUGAUGAUCAACACAAUUCGCCGAGCCAGCGAGAGGUCGGCUGAGUUUCUGAGAGGCAGUGAAAUAACCGGUAUAAUAUUGCAGAUUCUGGACUCUAAGUUCUACGUGAAUUAUCAGAACACAUAUCUGGGAAUACUGGUGAAGUAUAUAUUGCCCAAGAGUACAAAUCACAGCAGUAUCACGGCAGAUCAAUGGAGGGAGCUAUUGACCGUUUGCACCAAGCUGUACAAGAAGCUCAAGAGCCACGUUGUGUUAGACGCGUUGCAGUUGAUCGUAGAUUACUCCCUCCUGCACGCGAAUUUACUGUCCCACGUGAAGAAUCUGCUGUCGUUUUUGGAAGAGGUAGUCAAAGACGUGAAGGCGAACAACGAGCAGUUGACGGAGUCUUUCUACAAGCUGAGCAGCAGCGUGUGCCGGCAAGUCGCGACGGAAUGCAGAAUCGCGCUUUGCAAGUUCAGCGAGGGCGUGUCGAUGAAUAUCCUGCGCUUGAACGGCUCCGAGGAAAAGUACAGGCUGCUGUUGAUCUUCCUGCAGAUUCACCAUCCAAUGGGUAUCUCUAAGUACGACGAUGGCGCUUACGCGUACGACUGGAGCAAAUGGAGGGAGUUGCUGCGUAGUAUGUACUUGCUUAUCCAGGAGAACUGCAAGUUGGACGUGCAGUGGCGCAGUUUCAUCCAGUUUGCCAGUGAAGUUAUAAAACAGAUAAUGGACAACUCGGAUAACUUUACUUGCUCUCUCGACGGCUGUCAUUCUCAAUCGAUGAAACGCAGACGAAUAGUGUACAGAAUUGAUAACGUCGUCGACCUGAUAACGGAGAGCAGCCCCGAGGAAGUGUGGUCUUUGUUAAGAAUUCUGACAGAAACACUAAGAAUGUAUCCGCAGUGCCUGAGGUCGCAAGAUCUCGCGCCCCUGCUGCAACGCUUGACGGAACUCGCUCCAUCUCGAGACGAACCUGUUAUGAACAUAUUGUACACUCUUGCCACUAUCCUCAUGGAGAACGAGAUGUCUCACGGAGAGGAAAUACAGGACGCCACAAUUCACUGGAGCAAGAUCUGGGAUAUGCUACUUAGAUCUCUGGGAGCGAAUCAGAACGAGGAAUCGGGCCAUUUGUUAAUUCGCUGCUUUAUCAAGUACAACAGGAUACCAAAUGCAAACGCCCUCCUCAGGCUGUAUCUAACAAAGGUAAUUCGCUGGUCGGCGUAUAGCGUGUGCACGUUGCGACAGCUGUGCGAACGUGUCUCCUUGCCGGUGGACGCAAGCACGUCGGUGCUGGAUCCGUCGCCCACGUCGAUGACGGCGCCGAUCUGUGACAGAACGCGCCUUCUCGAGUGGCUGCUGAAUAUACCGUGGCAGAAACUGGCGACGCGUCUGUCCAUCGAGACGAUCGAAGAUGUCUGCACGUUGUCGGUGAACCUCGUUCUGAGCUCACGUUACAGACAAAAUACCAGGACGGAGCAGAAAUCGUUGCGGAGCUGCGAGACGAUGCGUGUCUCUUUCGUGCCACAUCAGGACAUCUAUUCGACUGAUCUGCCACAACUCUGCCACGCCUCCUUGACAUUCAAGGUGGAGUUGUCGGUGAGUUCGACCGACAAGCAUGUCGAACGGGAUUCCAGAGUGACGCCCAACACUGUGAGGCCUGUCUCCUACAUACACGAGGUGCUCAAUUUCUUAAAGAGGCGAAUACACGAUGGUAUUCAAGAGGACAACUUCAGCGAUCACAGUAAAAAUACAUGCGAGGUCUACAUCGUGCUGAUGAAGCUUGCGUUCCUAACGAGACUGCUGUCCGCUCUGAAGCAGCUGGGCAUUCUCGCGACGAAGGAUACCGUUGGCUACUGCUCGCUGACCGACGCGAUGAAAAACCAGCUGCAAUGCAGCUUCGAGAUUCUCACGAAAAUUGAUUGGACCAGGUUUAAGUAUAUAUACUGGCUGAGCGUAACCAGAGCAUUAAAAAUGCUCUAUGGAGCGACUUAUGAUACAGAAAUCGCCAAGGUAAUCGUCUUGACGACUACAAUGGACAUGAUAAAAAACAUAUUCGAUCUCCUGAAUCAAGACGACAAUUGCCGUUAUUACGAGGACCAUAAUGCUUUUCAGGGCAGACACAAGCGGUCCAUCGACAUGUGCCUGGAAACAUCAGAGCAGAAGUCAAGCGGUUCACGCGAGGGCACGGUUCGUCUGCAGACCGUGGAGGCUCUGUCGUCCUUUUGCGCUCUGCACGCCGACACGGACCGCGACAAGACAUUGCAGAAAAAAAUCAUGCAUAACCUGCUGACCAUGCAGCAGGACUUCACGAGCUACGUGGACACCAGGAUGUCGCUGACGAUCCUCGAAUCGCUCGUUGCGCGCGGCCACGGCAAGAUCCAGCGCGAAUGUGCGGAUAAGCCAUUGGAUCUUCUGCUGGACAUAUGCAGGAAGGGUUGCAAGGACGAGGAAUCGUUACGAUGGCUAUUGCAUUUGCUGCCAGACUUCUUCGAGUACGCGAUCGAGCACGGUUAUUCGCCCAAGAGGAUCAUCCACGCGCUCGAGGAGCUCUAUAAACGCAUUUCUAAACAAAACUGCAGCGUCCUCGUGCAUACGAGCUACAUGAAGUGUGCAUGCAGCUGCGUGCGGAUUGAUCCGGAUUUCUCGUGGGCUCGCACGGGCGUUUCCGACGACGGCGGCGGCGUCCUGACGAUAUUGUACAGUAUCCUCGAUUACAUCGGUGACAAGUUCUUCGUGCUCCGUUCGCAGGCAGUGCGAUGCUUGCAGGAGCUCCUGUCCUUCAGAAACAUCGCUCACAAAUGGAAGGAACAGAUUUUCGUCAAGGUGGAGGAAACUGUGUUCCAACUGCUCGACGAGGCGGUCCAACAAUCGAGUUCUAAUUUGCAAAAUAACAGCCUCGCGGAGAGUCAACUGCAGGAUGAGAGAGAAACCAGAAUGGCCACCGCGUUGAUCGCGCUGGCCUCCGUAGCGUGCGCCAGCGGCAGUCUUCAAGGUCGCGCCCUGUUUUCCAUAUUGCGACUGACAACGGAGAAGCAGGUGAACGUGCAGACGGUGCGGAAGGUCCUCUUAGUGGCGGCGCAACAUACGACGACGUACAUGUCGCUCAUUGAGGAUAACUUGAACUAUCUGCUGACCUCCUGGAUCGAGGAUGCGCAUUGCUCAUUGCAGAGUUUUCCAUGGACACUCGCGGGAUGCGAGACUAUCGACGAAUUCUUUAAAAAGAAUGUCAACUGCAUUGUCCCUGUUCUACUGCGUACUUCGAACAUCGACGAAGCCAUGUCCUUCUGCGUGAAUCAUGCCGGCGUGGCCUUCAAUGAGGUCUUCGAAGACGUCUUCCCGUCUUGCUUCGUCUGGCUGACAUCGCGCACUAUCGUAUGCGAUGACGAAUCUACCAGGACAAUGCGCAAGUUGAUGAACAACACCGACGAGUUCGCAGACAUGUGCAGCUUCAAAAAGCUGUUCUGCUCUCGUCUGCAGGACGUUCUCGUAGAGCUGAUACGGCGACUGCACGACGAGGACGACUUUGGUAGCGCACUCUCGAUUUCAUUCGCGCAUUUUCCGGCGGUGGAUCCGCCGCAUUUCAAGCGAGACGUUCUGGACCUGUGCUUUCAUUACAUAGAAUCGCACAACUUGCUGAACACGCACAUGCUGGUCAAACAGCAACCAGCGGCGUUGCAAAAAACACUGUUGCAGCUCGCGAGCGCUGUACACUCGUCGCGCUCUCACGAGGAUAAGCUCAAGCUGCUGCAUCAGUACAUGUACUUCUGCUCGCGGUUAACGCACGACCUCGCAAAGCCAGUCUUCGACGAGAUGGCUGCCUUUUUUAUCCGGGAUGUGUGCUACAGCUUGUUGCACCUAACCAGGAACGGUAGCGAUGACGAGACGUUCGUCGCGGCAUGCUGCAAGUUUCUGGAUCUCUUCCUAAGACAAGCGCUGCCCGCGAGAGCCACGGAGAUCCGAGAUGUUCUCCGGUUCAUUGUGGCAAACCUGAUUGGCCUGGCACAAUCGAAAGCGAGCAGCGUCAACGAGAUUGCUGUGGGUCUACUCAAGUUCCUCGUGGUGGAGCAAAGAGACGUGUUACGAGAGGCCAUCGCGAGACUCGGCUCGUUCCCGAAUCACGAGGUCUUCCAGGAUGCGAGGGAAUCUUACGACGCCGCCAGAACGGAAAGUGGAUCCGCGCUGUGCCUCGAGGAUGAGCUGGAACGUUUCCUAGACGCCAUGAGCGAGGAAGACGCCGAGUGCACACUAGAAGAUCUCGCCAAUUUCACGCAGCAGCUGUCGACGAGGAAGAGGGAGCUGCGAGAACUGCACCGAAAGUUGGAGAGGCCGUAUCCUGAGGAUGGCGCCAAUAUCCUGCAUCGAUUGAUAUUUAGGCUCAUCAAGCUGACGGAAUCGCCUAAUUCGUGCGUAUCGAUGGAGGCCACCAAGUGCCUUGGCGAACUAGGUCCAAUAGAUUCUACGGUGGCACUGCGACCGGCCGGAAGUCUCGUCCGGGAAGCGGACUAUGCGAUAGAGGCUUUGACCUAUCGAUCGGUCAUGAUGUUAACAAGCUUUCUCGUGGAGAAAUCGGUGGAACUUCGAAAGGUUAGCGCCGAUGCCCUUUACGCGGUACUGUCGACCUCCUACGGUCGAAACCUAUACGACUCCAAGUAUUCAAAAGACCUGUCGUACAUCCUUGAGUACGCACCUCUGAAGACCGAUUACAUCCGACCGUUCGCUCACGGCCGUUGCAGCAAGCAGACAUCCUUCUGCGUGGACACCGCAAAGUUCCGUGUCGUCAUGAAUCCGGAGAACGCGCUAUGGACGGUCCAGAACAACGAGAAUUAUGCCGAGUGGAUUAUCAAGGUCACGUGCGGUGUCGCCGAGUGCUUUGCAGACUCUUAUCUGGAGAACUUCCUGCUGGUCUGUCGACUCAGCGUCGAAUUCUGCGAGCUGAUUCUGCCGAGAAUCGUUUAUCUCGUCAUUCACAAAAGCAACAGCUUCAUCGAUGCCAUGUGCGACUGCGUUAAUCAAUUCUUUAGGCAACACUUUGCGAUCAAUGAGGCAGAGACUGCCGCGUCGCCAGUGUCGAAAGGCGACAGCUGCGACCAAAAGAUCGUACGCCGCAUGUUGGACGUGGUGAACCACGUGCGCGCCCAGCUGCCGGACGGCGUGGUCCUAAAACUCGAUUAUGUCUACCUGGCCAGAGCGGCGCACAAGUGCUCCGCGUAUUACACGGCCCUGUUGUUCGCGCAACUCGCCUGCGGACUGAUCUCGACGGACUACCCGGACUUCAGCAGUGACCCGAGGAUCGACUACAUCUACGAACACCAGCCGGAGGUUGGCCGGGUCCUGCAAAAUAUCAUGCUGGACACCUACCUGAACAUUAGCGACCCGGACGCCAAAUCCGGCGCCGGCUGGUCACACGUGCUCGACCACGACUCCCGCGUGCAAUACUACGCCCGCGCUAAUCGCUGGGACGAGGUCAUGCUCGCGCAGGACAUCGAGUUGUCCAACCACAAUCACUUGCCGCUGGCGAACGCCAGGAUAGAGAUGGCGAGCGCGCUACACCACUCGGGGCUGCAAUUUCUCCAGUGGCAAUUCCUGGGAGACAGCCUGAAUGAGAAAUUCAGUUAUGAGUGCGCCUGGAGACUCAACAAGUGGGAUCUACCCGUCAACGAAGCCAGCGUUGCCAGUUAUAACGACUUUCAGCCUCAACAGUUGCGACUGGAAUCGCUGGAGAACGCGUUCCACGCGCAUCAUUAUCAUGCCCUAAAGUGCUUCCAUGAGAACGACCGGCGAGGCACGGAUCGGGCGAUCGAGUGCGGCCGCAUAAGCGUGAUCCACGAGCUGCGAGUGAUCAGCCCGGAGAGCAGCAAGACUGUCAAUCAGAAGCUGUCGCAGCUGCGGCUGCUGCGCGAGAUCGAGCAGCUGAGCUGGGCGGCUGACUCGCCGGAGACGAGAUACCCGGAGAUUUUGCGACGCUGGAACGAGCACGAGAUCAGCCUGAUCGGCCAGUUCGACCACGUGGAGCCGAUUCUGUCGCAGCGCAUCGCCAUGUUCCGCAUCCGCAAGUCUCUGUGGACGGAGGAAAACGUGCAGGAGGCAUUCUUUGCCACCUGCCUGGACCUGGCAAAGGUCGCGGAGGGUCAGGGUAAUUUCCCGGUGGCCACUCGAGCGCUGAGAACCCUCGAGUUGCACCAAAAUCUGCCCAACAGUCUGAAGAAUCAACUGCUCUAUCAGGAGUCGCUUUUGGCGUGGAUGAAUGGCGAGCAGGUGAUGGCGCGUCAUCUGUUACGGAGCCUAAUCGAGAAGAAGAAUCCGAAGCCAGGUCUGAGAGCCAAGGCUCUGCGAGUUUACGGCGACUGGAUGGCUGAAACAAAGUCGGAGAACCCACAGGCAGUGAUACAAAAGUAUUAUCUAGCAUCCAUUGAGACCAGCGAGGCUAUCGACGAGCAGUCGCCCGAUGUUGUCAGAAAUUUGCACGACACACAGGUCGCAUUAGCGCGCUUUGCCGACGCACAAUACCAACAGAUCAGCACAUUUAUGAACUCCUCAACGUAUAAGUCGCUGAAUGAAUACGCUCGUAGCAAUGCGGGUAAAGUGGACCAAGCGCAAAUGAUGAGGAACAAGGAUUUCAAGCGCGCCGUAAUAAUCGACCAGAAGCAGUCGACGAACGACGUGGCCGAGCUGAAGAACAUCGAGCAGGAGAAGCGCAACUACCUCGCGCAGGCGUUGAGGUAUUAUCUGAAGACGUUGCGCAGCAGUGAGGAGCACAAUCUACUCAUCUUCCGACUAGUGGCGCUCUGGCUGGACAACAUGUGCGACGACGAGGUGAACGAAGACCUGCUAGCCGAGCUUGACAUCAUUCCGUCGUUCAAGUUCGUGCCACUGGUGCCGCAGUUGGCCGCUCACAUAAGCAACAUCAGGCAGUGUAGCUUCUCCGCACGAAUCUUCCAGAUCCUCAAACGAUGCGCCCUGGAGCACCCGUAUCACACGCUACCUGUGGUGCUGGCGCUGAAGAAUCUGCACAGCGACGACAAAUACGAUCCAGGUUCGACGGUCACGAACAAGGAAGAGCGUCGCGUAUUAGGUGCCAAGAUGCUGCUCAACCAACUGACCGAGCCGCAGGUACAAGUAAUUGUUCAUGAAAUGGAAAACCUGUCGCGGGCACUGUUGAGCUUUGCCUAUUGGCAACCCAAGGGCAACAAUAAACGCUACGCGAUACCGCGAGACCAGCCAAUAUCUAAGAUCAAGAACCUAAACCACGUUCUCCUACCGACUCUGAGUUUACCCGUGAGACCGUCGUGCAACUACAACGACGUGAUCGGCGUGAAAUCGUAUCAGGAGUCCUGCGAAUUCGUCGGCGGCAUGACCGCGCCCAAAAAGAUCAUCUGCGUCGGCACUGACGGCGUGCAGCGCCGGCAGUUGGUCAAAGGCAAGGACGACCUGCGGCAGGACGCGGUGAUGCAGCAGGUAUUCACCGUGAUAAACACGCUGCUGCGCACGUGUAAAGAGACGCAACGGCGAAAUCUACGUAUCAGAACGUACAAAGUGGUGCCGCUAACGCAAAGGUCGGGCGUGCUGGAGUGGUGCGACAACACGGUGCCCAUCACGGCGACCCUCGUAGGCACUCCGGGCCUGCCCGGUAUACACAAGAAGUAUUAUCCGCGGGACCUGACCGCGGAAGCAGCCAGGAACAAGUUGAAGAACGUCGCGCAAGAGUCAAACGAUGUGAAACUGAAGGUCUUUCUCGAGUGCUGCAAACGUAUGAGGCCGGCGUUUCAUCAUUUCUUUAUAGAGAAGUAUCGAUCGCCCGAGACCUGGGUCGAGAGGACUCUCACGUAUACACGUAGCGUCGCCACCACGUCAAUCGCGGGUUACAUUCUGGGCCUCGGCGAUCGACACUUGAGUAACAUCCUCGUCGACGAGCGCACCGCCGAAGUGGUGCACAUCGAUUUUGGCGUUGCUUUCGAGCAAGGCAAAGUCCUGCCCCUCCCCGAGACAAUUCCCUUCAGGCUGACCAGGGACAUCGAGGUUGCUAUGGGCGCCUCCGGCAUCGAGGGAGCCAUGAGGCGCAGUUGCGAGGUGACCAUGACGAUGCUGCGCGAUCAGAGGCAGAUCAUCAUCACCCUCCUUCAAGUUUUGCUAUACGAUCCGCUCUUCACGUGGGCGAUCACGCCGGAGAAGGCCUGCAAGAUGCAGAGCGACGUCGUCAAGUUCUCGGAGAACAGCGGCCGAGCACCCGUGGAGACUAACAAGAUCGCCAAAAGGGCUCUUUUGAGGAUCGAACAGAAACUGCGGGGCACCGAGGACGGUCUGGUAUCGAGCGUUCCCGGGCAGGUCGAGAGGCUCCUGCAGGAGGCGCGAGACCCUGCGAAUCUAUGCCGGGUUUACUGUGGCUGGCAGCCAUACUUGUGAAUACCAGUAAAUAAGUUUUACACACACACACAGCGAAUACUCGUAGGCUAAGUUUUCUAUGUUACUUAAUUUAUAAUGUACAUUCCCAUGUUUUUUAUACCUGUUGAAGUAAAGUUUGUAUCAAUGUAGUAAGUCUACCGACUCGUGGACCCGUUCGUAUAGUGGCGCCUCGGCGGAUCGAGACUCGAGAUUCUACAUUAUCGAUAUAUAUCGCGCCUACCCGACAGGUUCCGUCUAGCCGCGCUGUUCUGCACCGCGCGCACUCGAAAUUUCGAAUUCAAAUCGAAUUCAAAGGUGCAGAAAGUGCGGGAGCGAAGUGUCGCCGAGCGGGACGGACGAGGGUAAGUCCCAAGGUUUGUUUUCUGUUCCUGCACUGGUGAACUA